GCCAUAUUUGGGGUUAGGUUUCAAUUUAGUUCUGCCGUUUAGUAAGCAUAAAAUAUAUUCUGUUUUAUUGUUACUUGAGUUUUAAAGAAUAAUUAUGUUAUGAAGUGUAUUAUACAACGAUGGAUAGUAUAAAUAACUUUCGUGUAGCGGAAACAAAAUUACAGCUAGGCCUUCAUGUUAAUGAAUAACACAUUCAUUGGUAUGUAACAUCUACGCAAACUGUUGAUCAAGAUGGCAAUGAUGAAUGGAAUGAUGGUGAGUUUCAUGCCAGAAAUGGAACAAAUCAUCAGCCAGCUAGAGAGAGGAACAAUAGUGACAAGGUUUUAUCCAAGAAAAAGACCCGAGAAGAAGACAUUGAUGAUUAGAAGAGAAACUAGACAAAUUGUAUGGGCAAGGACUGCAGCCACUAGAACUAUAGAAGGAGCAGUUGAAAUGAGGGAGGUGCACGAGAUCCGGGCUGGUAAGAUCUACAAAGACUUUGAAAGAUGGCCGGAGGAGGCUAAGCGUAUUGAGAGUCUUCGCUGUUUCAUUGUCUUCUAUGGGUCGGAAUUCAAGCUUAAGUCUUUGUCCAUAGCUGCAUUGUCGGAGAAGGAGUGCGGUUUGUGGUUGCGUGGACUACGUCACCUAGUGCAGGACACCAUGAAUGCACCGUACCCACUGCAAGUCGAGCGGUGGCUACGCAAGGAGUUUUACACAAUGGAAAACAACAGAGAAAUAGUUACCCUUAAGGACCUCAAAGGUUUCCUGCCUCGAGUCAAUUGUAAAAUAUCAACAAAUAGAUUAAGAGAACUGUUUCAAGAAGUAGAUGUUCGGAAAAGGAACGAAAUAGGAUUUGAUGAUUUCGCCGAGCUUUACCACAAGCUUAUGUUUGAUGAAAGUAUAUUCGGAGAGUCGCUGUCGAGGUACAGCAGCAGUGGGGACGGAAUGGUCAGUGUGCAGAUGUUGACAAGGUUCUUGUCUCAAGAGCAAGGGGACAAUGUGGAUGAAGUGAAGGUGUCUCGCCACAUGAGAGAAUAUCUGCAAGACGCCCAGAGAGAUGUGCAGGAGCCUUACUUCACUACUAGAGAGUUUAUGGACUUCUUAUUUUCCAAGCAAAAUGAAAUGUGGGACAACAAGUAUGGCGAGGUUCAUCAGGAUAUGACUCGGCCGUUGGCUCACUAUUGGAUCUCUUCCUCCCACAACACUUACCUGACGGGAGACCAGUUCUCCAGUGAGUCGAGUGUGGAAGCUUACGCAAGGUGUCUGAGGAUGGGCUGUCGUUGUAUAGAACUGGACUGUUGGGAUGGGCCUGACGGAAUGCCUAUUGUCUACCACGGACACACGCUGACUAGUCGGAUCAAGUUCCUGGAUGUUGUUCGGACGAUUCGAGAACACGCCUUCGUCACGUCUGAAUAUCCUGUAAUCCUGUCAAUCGAGGACAACUGCUCGCUGCUGCAGCAACGCAACAUGGCCGCCACCAUGGUGGAGGUGUUUGGAGAGCUGUUGUUAGUACAUCCGGUGGAAAAAAACGAGACUAAGCUGCCGUCGCCGGAACAAUUAAGGCACAAGAUCUUGCUGAAACAUAAGAAACUGCCUGAUGGUGUUGACGAGGCCGCUUUGCUCAUGAGAUCUGAUGAAGGUCGUGGAGAGAUGGACUUGAGAACAACAGUGAAGAACGGAGUUUUGUACCUCGAAGAUCCUGUAGACAAGGAGUGGAAUCCUCACUUCUUUGUUCUAACUCAGAACAAACUCUUCUACACAGACAGCUUCCACGGGAACGAAGAGAACGAUGACGACACCGAGAAUGAGGAUGAAGAAAACCACACAAGCUUUCAAAGACCUAAAGAGGGAGUGCCCAAUGACGAGUUGCAUUUUGGUGAGAAGUGGUUUCACGGAAAGUUGGCCGGAGGACGCAGCGAGGCAGAGGAUCUCUUGCGCAAGUUUGCACGCCUAGGAGAUGGAACAUUCCUGGUGCGAGAGAGUGAAACAUUCGUUGGAGAUUACUCUCUCUCAUUCUGGAGACAAGGCAAGGUAAACCACUGUCGUAUCCGCUCCAAACAGGACCGAGGUCAGACUAAAUACUUCCUCAUUGACAGCAACUGCUUCGACUCGUUGUAUAGUCUCAUCACACACUACCGCACCCAUCCACUAAGAUCUCAGGAGUUCCUGAUCACGUUGAAGGAGCCAGUUCCCCAGCCCAACAAACACGAGGGGAAGGAAUGGUACCACCCUCUCGCUACUCGCAGUUCUGCCGAGGACCUCCUCAAGAGGGUGCCUCAUGACGGAGCCUUCCUGGUCAGACCUAGCGACAAGGAUCACAAUGCGUACACCAUCUCAUUCCGGGCGGAGAAGAAAAUCAAACACUGCCGGAUCAAGGUGGAAGGGCGGCUUUACACCAUCGGCACCGUUCAGUUUGAGAGUCUGGUGGAGCUGGUCAGUUACUAUGAGAGACAUCCGUUGUACCACAAAGUGCGACUGUGGUACGCGGUCAGUGAAGAUCACGUGCAUCGGCUGGCUUUGGAAGCUGAUGAUGGUUCAGUGUCGGGAACUCCUGGAUACAUUGAUCCGAGCAGCUUCACAUCCAAGGUUACCGUCAAGGCAAUAUACGACUACCAGGCUCGUCACGAUGAUGAACUAUCAUUCUGCAAGCACGCCAUCAUCACCAACGUGAACAAGCAGGAUGGGGGGUGGUGGAGGGGAGACUACGGAGGCAAGCGGCAACAGUGGUUUCCCUCCAACUAUGUGGAGGAGAUUGAACCUCAGAGAGACGAGCCCAGAGAUGAUACGUCGACAGACUCAAUGUUCCUGGGCAGUUUACAGAAGGGCAGCUUGGAUGUGAUGGGAGCCGUGGUAGAAUUGGCGACUACCGGACGACCUGGGCUGGAGUGGGUGCUGAGGAUACAAGUUCCCAACAUGUGCAGUGUGUUUGAGGUGGCUGUUCCCUCAGAAGACCAAGCCAUUGAGUGGAUGACGGCAAUCAAGAAGACGGCUCAAACCGCCAGUGACCGGGAGAUUCAAAACAAAGAGAUGGAACGGACGUGGAGGAUUGCGAAGGAGAUGUCAAACCUGAUCAUUUACUGUAGAUCUGUUGCCUUCAACAUGGACAGGAUACGAGUGAAGGGGUUCAUAUACAAUGAGAUGAGUUCCUUCCCAGAGACUAAGGCUGAGAAAACCAUAUGUCAGCAAGAGAGCAGGUUCUUCCUCAAAUACCAUCAGUUCCAGUUCAGCAGAGUCUACCCCAAGGGUCAGAGGAUAGACUCUUCUAACUACAACCCCAUCCCCUGCUGGAACAGUGGGUGUCAAAUGGUCGCUCUCAACUACCAAACCCCAGACAAACCUAUGCAGUUGAACCAAGCCAGGUUCAGGCUCAACGGAGGCUGUGGAUUUGUACUGAGACCAGAGGUUAUGUUUCGUCCAGACUAUGAUCCCCUUGUCCCCCCUCCACCCUUUGUGGCGAACUCUAUCUCUGUUUCUCUCAAGGUGAUAGCGGCGAGACAUCUGAUAAGGUCAGGUAGAGGAACCACCAGCCCCUUUGUAGAGGUAGAGGUGCUCGGAGCGGACUACGAUUCUGGCACCAAGCUGACUACCAAAACUGUCGCUGACAACGGUUUGAAUCCGGUGUGGAAUGACUCGGUCAGUUUUGAGGUCAUGAAUCCAUCGCUAGCUCUGCUGAGGUUCCAGGUACAGGACGAAGACAUGUUUGGGGAUUCAAACUUCAUCGGACAAGCGACGUACCCUAUGGUUGCGUUGAGGACGGGCUACAGAAGUGUGCCACUGAGAAAUGGUUUCUCUGAAGAGAUGGAACUUUCUACCCUCCUUGUCCACAUCUCUAUAAAGAAUGUCAAGGAGGGAGGAAGUGAGUUUGACACCCCAGUGACUGACUGCUGAUCCAAGACUGACUGGCUCCAAGAUGGGCAAACUUUACCUCAGGUUAUGUUUCCUGUAUGGUUGCUAUUUAAACGUUUAUUUAUCGUAUUUUACAAUUUUUAAAGUAUUCUCAUUGGAGUUAAACUUUGACGGUUGUGCUUUCAGGUCUUGAUGUUUAUUGUCUCAGAUGUUGAACUUUACAAUAUUUUAUGGAGGGAUCUACUAUUUCUCUAUCUCCCUUCCCAUAUCAGUAUAGACUUCAAGAAUUUUUUAUCGUAAAAGAGUAAGAAACAAAAUUAAUCAAUACAACCUUUGACUAUUAAUACAACUAGACAUUUCAUCUCAUGUUAAAGUUGUCGCCAGUUUUGUAAUCAGAAUUGUCGUAAUUGAUGUGAGCAACCAUAAGAUGAUUUGAUUUGAUUUGAUGCUAUUGUAAAUUACUAAUUUCUGUAGAAUAGGCAAACUUGUUUACCAAGUCAAUUUGAAGGAACGACUUAUUGUGAGCUAUAGCAGUAAUAUGCCACAAUCUACAAAUAUAUUAGAAAAUAGAAUUCAAUAGCGCAUUCUGUGACUGGUCUCAUACAAAAUAUAUUUAAAAAAUUGGCAGAGGGGGUGUCUAAUUCAGUAUCCAAUAGUCAACGGUACAACCAAACCAAGCAAUCAAAUAUCAAGACAUAAGGUACAAGUUCUUUUAAAGUAAAAUGAAACUAAAUGAAUCAAACUUUUUUAUUGGAAUUAUAACUUUCAGUAGAAUCACUAAAUUGCAAACAAAAUCAAAUAAAAACUCAGAUAAAUACCCUACCUAAUGUAGUGUGAAUCCUAAUCAUAUAUAGUGCAGAUUUAAAAUAUUUAUACCAAAUAAAUUAUGUGUUUGUCUCUAAUAGGGUAAAUUGCAAUUUUAGAAUUAUUUAUGUUUAUGUAUAUUUGUGUUGGUUAAUUAAAUGUAUGUGUAAGUUUGGAUGUAAUGUCCACGCUCUCUUUAUAUAGUCAUUGUUAUGAUCAACUUGUUAGCUCUUUAAGAAAAUAUUUGACUAGGAAAAAGAAAACUUGAUGUUAAGGCAAAUAAACGUAACAUACAUUUCUACAUUUGAUCUAUUUCAGUAUUAAAAUUUAACUGAGUGGUGGUCAGAAUGCAUUGGGCUUGGAAGACAUCCUGUCCAUAACCAACGCCUUUUAGCGUUGAACGUACAAAUCUAAAAACCACUUGAAGCUUUUGAUAUAUCUAAAAGCUUUAAAUAACAGGUCUAUUUAGUAAAAAUAUUCUACAAUGGAACCUCUAAAAAUACAAAAAAAGAACAAUAAAUUUUCAAAUACUUUUUUAGUUACCAUAUUGGGUAUGUUUAUUCGCCUUGCCAAAUUGAAAUUGUAAUAAUCUAUCAAUACCACAAUGUGCUUCCAUUAAAUUUAGUUAAGUAUAUUAGUAUAGAUUUAGGCAUUUAGAUUUCAUCUGUGUUUGUUUUGCAUUUUUCAUCAUCAAAUAGGGUCAUGCUUGGUAUUAGAACAAAUUUAUUUUUAACACUCUGUGUUGGCCAAUGCUGCAAACUAUUCUUACCUUUUAUUAAAUGUUCUAUGGAGUAUUUCUAAAUUGUACUGAAAAAUCUCAAGAUUUCCAAAGGUUUACUUUUGUACAGGGUGUUCUUUUUUUUCUAAACCCAAAUUACAAGUUAAGUACUGUGAGACCAACUACAAAAUGAGCUCAUAUUUUGGUGUCCCUGUUUUCUUUACUUCAUUACCUAUCAGCUGAUAUUGAAUCGUUGUAUAUUUAUGAUGUUUAUUUGGGAAUUUAUUGUGAACAAGACUUAAAGCUGUGUCAUAGACUAACCAACACAAGGAGACUUCAUCCCGUCCCAUUUUAAAUUUUGAAGCUCGUUUUACGUCUCUAGUUCAUGUUUAGUAACACUGACCGCUAGUGUUGACGAAAUUUUGUUUCUAUUAUUUUAGUGUUAAUUUCAUGAUUUGCGCUUUAACCCUUAGAGUGCCAGGAGAGAAAUAAAAGUAACGCUCAAAAAAUGCCGAUGAUUUUUCCCGAAGGUCGCGCUAAAAAUGCCGAGCGCAAUC